AUGGACCCCGACUGCGCCAUUUGCCAUGCUCCUGCCACUCUGGCGUGCGAUUGUGAGGCCAAGGGUCUUGAUGUUGCCAUUAAGCAGGCCGAGCAUCGCAUGAUGAACACGAUAUACAACGAGAUUCGUACUUGGGUUCGUGCCCAUGCCCAAGACUACAUCUUGGAGUAUUUCCGCCUGCUCACUGAGCGCCGAAAGGCUGCUCACACCGCCAACCUCGAACGCAUCACCGCCCAAGCCUACCACUACUACCACGCCCAACCUCACCCCAACGAGAUCGCCGAGGCACAAGCGAGCCUGAAGCGCGGUAUCGACGAGGACUGGCAGUCCAGCGUUCAACGAUAUCCCGAGGUUUUGGAAUACUUUUACAGUCUGGUAGACCUGACGCUCCCUCCCGAUGACGAUCCCACCGUCAAGGACCCUCCGUUGAGCGCCCUCAGCGGCUCUCGGAAGACCAGCCGGCGGAUCCAGGUUGGUGGACGUGACAUUCCGGCCAUUGCAGGUGUCAGCUCGCACGAAAAGGACCCAUUCGCACGAAGAACGCCGCCGCCAUUCGAGCACCCACGAGGAAUGGGCAGGAGAACACCGGCCCCAAGAGACCCUAGGGAAAACAGGAGAUCCAUGCCGCCCGCAGGCCCUCCUCCAGGAGGACCGCCCGGCCCCCCGGCACCUUUCGGCUCCAGAGGAAUGCCGGGAAUGGCAGGAAUGGCGCCGCCGCCCGGUCCCGGCGCUUACUAUGGCUACGGUGGCCAACCAUACUAA